CACUACCCUCCCAUCUGUCUUGAACAUACAGUCCCAUGUAAAUAACACCACUACCCUCCCGUCUGUCUUGAGCAUACAGUCCCAUGUAAAUAACACCACUACCCUCCCGUCUGUCUUGAACAUACAGUCCCAUGUAAAUAAUACCACUACCCUCCCGUCUGUCUUGAACAUACAGUCCCAUGUAAAUAAUACCACUACCCUCCCAUCUGUCUUGAACAUACAGUCCCAAGUAAAUACUAUCAUCCCCCUCCCCACUGUCCUCAGCAUACAGUCCCAUGUAAAUAAUAUCCUUCCCCUCCUUUAUGUCCCCAACAUACAGUCCCAUGUAAAUAUCCUCAUUCCUCUCACUUAUGUCACCAAUAUACAGUCCCAUGUAAAUACCAUAAUCCCCCCUUUCUGUCCCCAACAUACAGUCCCAUGUAAAUAUCCUCAUUCCUCUCACUUAUGUCACCAAUAUACAGUCCCAUGAUAUCAUCAUUCCUCUCCCUUAUGUCACCAAUAUACAGUCCCAUGUAAAUAUCAUCAUUCCUCUCCCUUAUGUCACCAAUAUACAGUCCCAUGUAAAUAUCAUCAUUCCUCUCCCUUAUGUCACCAAUAUACAGCCCCACAUCCUGCCAGGGGACACUGCCUUCUCUGUAAGGAGCCCAUGAAACCGCGUCACAUGAUCUGAGAAUGUCACGUGACAGUUACACUGUUUUGUCUACGUGAUGACGUCAUGUACGCAUUAUUCGUCCGCACGCAUCCUUCUGUAGAGUGACAGGCUGAGGUGACGUCAGCGGUUUGGUUUUCGGACCGGAUAAACGGCGGCUUCUCCACCCUGGAGACGGCGAUGGCUGCGGCAAUAACCAUGACGUCCCUGCCGCCCCAGCCCCCCCCGCCGCAGGAGGAUGCGGAGCAGCGGGACGGGGCCCUGGAGGACGGGGAGGCCGAGGUGUUCAUGUCUGAGAGUCACUGCUCCGAGUUGGCAUGGCGACAGAACGAGCAGCGGAAGCAGGGCCUGUUCUGUGACAUGACGCUGGUGUUCGGGGGAGGAGGACGCGAGUUCCCCGCACAUCGCUCCGUGCUGGCGGCCACCACAGAUUACUUCGCGCCGCUUCUCUCCGGACAGUUCGAGGAGUCUCGCUCGGGCCGGGUGGACAUGAAAUGGAGCUCGGAGCCCGGGCCGGACCUGGAGACUGUGGAAGCCGUGAUACAGUACAUGUACACCGGGCAGAUCCAAGUGUGCACCGGCAACGUGCAUGAGGUGCUGGAGCUGUCAGACAGAUUUUUGUUGCUUCGAUUGAAGGAGUUCUGUGGAGAGUUUUUGAAGAAAAAGCUCAAUCUCUCGAACUGUGUGGCCAUUCACAGUUUGGCCCAUAUGUACACCCUCAACCAGUUAGCUUUAAAGUCAGCUGACAUGAUUCGUAGGAAUUUUUACAAGGUGAUCGAGGACGAUGAGUUUUAUACACUUCCAUUCCAUCUUGUUAGAGACUGGCUUUCUGAUCCAGAGAUCACAGUAGACUCUGAAGAGAUCCUCUUCGAAGCAAUUCUAAAAUGGAUUCAGAAGAACGCUGAUGAGCGGGAGAAGUAUUUCGAGGAGUUGUUUAGGCUUCUUCGACUCUCUCAAAUGAAACCCACUUACCUGACAAAACACGUGAAAGCUGAUAGGCUGGUUGCUAUGAAUGAGGCCUGCUUACAGCUGGUGGCUGAGGCAGUGGAGGGACAUGCUUUGCGAUCAGAAAACGUACAAGCUGGGAACCUGCAGCCAUUGGCCACCCACAUGACAUCCUUGCCACGCUUUGGUCAGAAUAUGGACGUGAUUAUGGUCAUUGGAGGCGUUUCAGAAGGAGGAGACUACUUAAGUGAAUGUGUUGGCUAUUUUAUUCAUGAAGAUCGAUGGGUGAACUUGCCUCACAUUCACAAUCACCUUGACGGACAUGCAGUCAUGGCUACAGACAACCAUGUGUACGUUGCUGGUUCCAUGGAACCUGGAUUUGCCAAGACUGUUGAGCGAUACAAUCCAAGCAGAAACAUUUGGGAGCAAGUAUGCAAUUUGAUCACUCGUAAACAUUCCUUUGGCCUAAUGUCUGUGAAGGGCAACCUGUAUAGUAUCGGUGGUCAUGGCAACUUUAGCCCUGGCUUCAAAGACGUCACUGUGUAUGACCCUGAUCAGGAUAAGUGGCAGAUCUUAGAAUCUGCACCCAAGAUUUUACGAGAUGUGAAAGCUAUUAGUGUAGAAGAUCGCUAUGUUUACAUAACUGCCCGCACGCCUGUUGAUGGCGAUAAUGAAGAUGGCCUUAGGACAAUAAAUUGCAGAUAUGACAUUGAAAGUAGUAGGUGGCAGGACAUUGAGUCGUUGCCACUUCUGGACAACUACUGUGCAUUCCAGAUGUUGGUUGCAUGCACCAGUUUCUAUAACACUGCUUCUUGCUGUCCUAAAAGCUAUUCAGUGACCGUCGAUGAGGCUCAAAGUAAAAUUUCAAGGCAGGUCUCAAAUGAAAUUCUUGAAAGUUUACCGCCAGAAGUUCUUGGCAUAGACGGGGCUGCCGUGUGCUACUACAAAGAUGAUGUUUUUAUUAUUGGGGGUUGGAAGAACAGCGAUGACAUAGACAAACAAUACAGGAAGGAGGCGUAUCGGUAUUGUGCUGAACGCAAACGCUGGAUGCUGCUCCCUCCCAUGCCUCAACCACGGUGCCGUGCUACUGCCUGUCAUGUUAGAAUCCCUUUCCGAUACCUGCAUGGGACACAGAAAUACCCCAUGCCCCCUAACUUGUUGUGGCAGAAAGAUAGAAUUAGACAAAUGCAAGAGGCCUGCAUACGGCACACAAUGAACUUACGUCGCCCCCCACGCUCACAGAUUGAAUGCUGAAUACAGAUUCUCCAAUACUUUUCCAGUAUCUUUUAAGAUGCAAUUUGCACGAGAUGAGUUUUUUUUUUUAUAUAUAUAUUUUUUAUCUUAAAUACUGUAAAGUAAUGUAAGUUUAAAGGGGUACUCUGCCCCUAGACAUCUUCAAUCUUCCAUUCAUGUCUGUGGGAGGGGCAUGUUGCUUGACCACUGCUCUCAACCCCAUUGGAUAGGGGGUAAGAAAUCUAAGGCCAGAAUACCCCUUUAAAUGACCAGAUUUAUCAAUCUAAAACCCGAACGGUGUAGUUCUGCCCAUAACAACCAAUCACAGCUCAGUUUACAUUUCUGAAUGAAUGGUAAAAUGAAAGCUGAGCUAUGAUUUGUGGUUAUAGGAAAAAAGUUUUAGUUUAGUUUCAGAUUGAUAAAUAUGGGCCAAAGUGUUUACAUAGUUCAUUAACAUACAAGUGGUGACACUCUAAACAGCAUGUCUAUGUACACAUAACAAAAUGUGUAUGUUAGUUCACACACACAGGUUAUUGUGUAUAAAAUAUAAAUUUUCAUGUCUUACUUGCCGGGACAGAGGAGAAAUACAUAGAACUUGGUAAAUGUCGGUCAAUUGUGAAGCGGCUAAAACAAAAGUAAUGGAUUUUAUUGGCAGCUUAGCCAGAGUAUGCAAGGAGAUUUGAGAAAAAAGUAGUGUAACAGUAAAUAUAAGCUGUAUUUUGUAGAAAAUGUUUCUUGCCCUCAAGAUGACCAGAUUUAUUCCUGGCCUGUAGCUUUUAUAAUUCUUAGAAAUUAUAGCCAACAAAAACAGGUAAAAUGUGAUAUGUUAUACAUAUGUACUUCAAACAUACCUUUUUAAGAGACAUUCCAUGCAGAUUUGCAUUUUAUUUUAUAUGCUUCAUUUACAUUCCUAUAUUUUUUGUUUGUUUGUUACGAGGACUUAAGAUUAACACACAAUUAUUAAAAGCUAUGGAUGCACCCCCCCCCCCCCCCCCCCAACUUUCUCUCUAAACUUCUACACAAUCAAUGUUUUCCAACCAGUGUGCUGCCAGCUGUUGCAAAACUUUUACUCCCAGCAUGCCUGCUAAGCCUUUGGCUGUUAGGAGUUGUAGUUUUACAACAGUGAUUGGGAGAUGCUGAAUGGAUGGAUAUUUCUAUUCUUUCUGCAAACGUCAGAAUUUGAAUUCUGCUAUGUGAACAGCGCAGCAGAAUCCCAAUUAAAUCAAUGGGACUCUGCUGAGGCACUUGGGUGCGAAAUUAUAAUUCAGAAUUCCGUACGGAAAUUCCACCAUGUGAACGUAGCCUAAGGCUAUGUUUUACUGAAACUUCGCUCAGGAAUUUCAGUUGGAAAUUCCACUGCAUGAAGCUUAAAGGGGUAUUCCAGGCAAAAACUUUUUUUUAUAUAUCAACUGGCUCCGGAAAGUUAAACAGAUUUGUAAAUUACUUCUAAGAUUAAGGAUUAAAAAAUCUUAAUCCUUUCAAUAGUUAUUAGCUUCUGACGUUUUCUGUCUAACUGCUCAAUGAUGAUGUCACGUCCCGAGAGCUGUAAUUUACAAAUCUGUUUAACUUUCUGGAGCCAAUUGAUAUAUAAAAAAAAGUUUUGGCCUGGAAUACCCCUAUAACACCUAUACACACUGUGAAAUAUCCUGAUCGUAAUUUCUAUCUGAAAAUUCCAAACCAAAAAUUCCGCCAGAACAUUGAACCUGCUCCGGAUGCUGUCUCAAUGUUUUCUGUCUCGAGCUACUCAAGUGUGCACCCGGCCUAACACUGUGAGAGCAAAAAGUCUGACAAGCUUAUGUCUCUGAUAGGCAGCAAAAUGGUAAGGAGUUUUUAUAAAAGUUUAUUUAGAAAGUGGCUUAAUUUUAUAUAUAGAAAACAAAUGCACAAUAUGUCAGUUUAAGGCUUUGUUCAAAUGGCGGAACUCCAGUAGAAAUUCCUCCAAAAUUAACUGUUCAUUGACUUUAAUGGGAUUCCGCUGUCCUAUUCCUGUCUUUAAUUUUGCAUAAUUCCACGAUGGAAUAACUUUUGAAGUCAAUGGAGCUUUGAAUUUCAGCUGAAUUCUGUGUUUUGAGAACACCUAAUUCUGCCCCAAUUCGGGUGGAAUACCUUCAGAAUUCCGCAAAGCUUGCUGGAUGGAAUAUGUGCAUAAUUGUGGAUUUUCCACCAUCAGAACCUAGCCUGAAUGUUUCUGUAGCCUUUAAAGAGGAUUAUCCAAGAAACAGCUCCACACCUGUCCUCAGGUUGUGUGUGGUAUUAAAACUUUGCUUUGUUCACUUCAGUAGAACUGAACUAAAAUAUCACACACAACCUGAGGACAGUGUGGUGCUAUUCUUAGAAAAGCAGUUCUUAAAUUAAAGGAGUAGUCCGGUGCGCACUUUUCUCAUUUUAUCCCGUCCG